UAGUAUUUCAGUAGUUUCUGCAACGUCGAAGUUCUAAUGGGAAAAGCUUUUGUCGCUAUUAUAUCAGGAACUUUUAUUCUGGAAUACUUCACAAAUUUGUUCUUUCAGAAUCAUGUUGAGAAACGAUAUCUUUCCCGUCCUAGAUGUUUCAUGUCUGUCAGAUAAUUACACAGCAGCCAGUGAUUGGGAAGGUGCAAAACUUCAGCAUGAUGUACAAGUGAAGAAUCUUGUUGAAGAGUUAUUAAAUGGUUUUAGUACCUGGGGAUUUCUCUACGUGAAAGGGCAUGGUAUACCACAAGAUCUUAUAGAUGGAACAUUUAAAAUGUCAGAAAAGUUCUUUAGAAUGGAGAAGGAGACGAAGAUGAAUUAUAAAAGGGGACCUGGAAUAAGUGAAGGAUAUGUUCCAAUAAAAGGUGAAGUGUUUGAUGAAAUGAAACCUGAAGAUAUAAAGGAAGCUUUUGAUUUUUCGCCUAAUUCUGAUGUCAGUAAAAAGUUAUCACAAGAAAUGCCAGAAGUUGUUACUGUAUUAAGCGAGUUAUUUAAACACUGUUCGACUUUGUUAUACAAAUUACUAAGGUUGCUAGCAGUUACACUUGGUAUAGACACAGAGUUUUUUGUAAAUAAACAUACAUAUAUUGGUAAUCGCGGCUUAAAUGGAACUUCACUGCGAACAUUGUUUUAUCCUCACAUUAAUGGACCAACAAAGGAGAAUCAAACACGUUGCAGUGAGCACACAGAUUAUGGAACAAUGACUUUACUUUUUCAAGAUAAUAUCGGUGGUUUAGAGGUACGCUCUCCUUCUGGAGAAUUUAUAAAAGCAGUUCCAAUUCCAGAUGCCAUCGUUAUCAAUGCAGCUGAUCUCUUGCAUACAUGGAGCAAUGGAAAAUUUCGCGCAACCGUUCACAGAGUACAAAUACCAACAGAUCCAAUGCGAUUGUCAAUGCCACGCCAGUCCAUUGCGUUCUUUGCCCAUCCGAAUUAUGAUGUCACUAUUAGUUAUCACGACGAGAAUGGAAAAUCGAAAAGAAAAAAUUCAUAUGAACACUUAAAGUCAAGAUUUAAUGGCACCAUCAUUACUGAGAUUAUUUAAAAUAACAUAUAUUGUAAAAAAACUACCCAAAAGUUUCUUUUGUGACUUUUUUCAGGUUGUCUAACCGGGUCAGCUCGCCUCAUAUAUGUAUCAUCUUAAUGUUUGGAUGUUGGCACUCACUAGCCAUAAAAUUGACGUGAAUUUACAUGUCUGGAAAAUUCACAGAUAUUUGCCCGUCAGACAGGCAAUGAGAAUUAUAACAGACUAGUCGUUAAUCCGUGAAAAAGGCCACGGGACCAACCGUCAUUAAAUUAUGAACUCUGCGGGAGACCCGGAAUGAAGCU